GCUUCGAAGAAGAGACGGUUUUAUAGAGCGCGUGCUGGGAUAGAGACGCGCGGACGCGCAAUAUUACGCGACUCGGAUAUUUCCAAACUGUUUUGCGGGUUUUCUAAACAUUUCUAUUGCUUGUUUUCCGCGUUGGAACGUGUUUUGUGGGUUUUAUCAUUGUUUGGAUUAACUGUUAUAGUGGUAAAUUCAAAGACGUAAACAACGUUGGAGGGAGACUGAACGAAAUCUUGAACUUUUUCUGUGACACGAUGUAGAUUUCGAUAAUCCAUGGCAUCCAAAAGAAGAUAUUUACGUUCAAUGAAAAAGGGGACCAGUUAAGAAAAAGCGAAAAUAUGAAGGCUUUCCUCAUCGUUCUUUUUUUGAUUUCGUGCCUGCGAUCAUCAUGCUCCUCUUUUAUCAGCAACUUAACGAUGCCGGAGAUGGCACUCGAUUUUUCAUCGAUAAGUAGCCAUGAAUCAGAAUCGGAACUCUCCUUCCAACUGCAGGAAAUUGACGAGCGGUCAAGCGGAUGGUCUUCGUGGUCAACUUGUUCCAGAUCAUGUGAUGGUGGUGUUUCGCGCCAAUUGAGAGCUUGUAAAAAUGGGAUAUGCAGAGGCAACCACGUGCGGUACAAAAUAUGCAAUAUGCAGCCCUGCCCAGACACGUUGCAAGACUUUAGGGAUGAGCAAUGUGCAGCAUUCGAUAAAGUUCCUUAUGAGGGAGCCCUGUAUCGGUGGCAGCCCUUUUACAAUGAUGACGAUCCAUGCGCCCUUACAUGCAAAGGCAGACCGCAAGAAGGUCAUGUGGAAGAUCUUUUGAUAGUUGCUACGCUUAAGAAGAAAGUCCACGAUGGUACUCGAUGCAGGCCUGGGAGCUUGGAUAUGUGUAUUGCUGGAUUUUGUCAGCAAGUAGGAUGCGAUCUAAAGCUGGGAUCAGAAAAGCAAGUGGACCAAUGUGGUAUUUGUGGAGGGGACGGAUCAUCUUGCGCUAAGCCCCUUUACCAUUGGACACUUACGUAUACCUCUCUUUGUUCGACUACAUGUGGAGGAGGUUAUAAAAUGUCGCGACCGGUGUGCCAGAACAGGGUUACCGGUGAUCAAGUUGAAGAAGAAUUGUGUGACGACUCGCAGAAACCAGAUCCAUCAGUUGUGGAGUGCCAUGUUCAUAAUUGUCCCCCAAAAUGGUUCAUCGGAGAGUGGGGAUCAUGUUCGCUGAGUUGUGGAGGCGGAACCCGAGUUCGACAAGUGCAUUGUAUAGAAGAAAGCAACAAUACUAAGUUAUUGGUUGACGAAUCGAAAUGCGGCGCACAUAAACCUUGGGUCGAAGAGGUUUGCAAUCAAAUCGAUUGCCCUGUAUGGUUUACGACAAAGUGGUCGGGGUGUUCAGUUUCUUGUGGAGAAGGAGUGCAAACUCGAGUGGUGGAAUGCAGAAACACUAGGGAUCAGCCUAGUAAUUUGUGUGAUGCAGCAACUAAACCAGAAACAACUCAAGUAUGUUCAACUGGAAUGAAUUGUCCGUUUAGAUUGGAAACUAGCGAAGAACUGCUACCUGGUUUGUACCAAACUCAAUCCUUAGAACAUUCCUAUCCUGCACCACCAAUGCCUGAAAAAUUAGUAGGAGAACAAGAAGUUCCUUCCGAAAGCACAUUCAUACCAGAAGAAUGGGGACCAUGUAGCGUAACCUGUGGCGAAGGUGUUCGCAGAAGAGAAGUUUUCUGCAAAAUAUUUCUAGAAUUUUCACGCACAAUUGCAAAACUGCCAGACAAGCAGUGUUCGGGAAUAAAACCAUUUGAAUUUGAAAAAUGCUACAGGGAGCCCUGUACUGAAGAGAGGAUUGGAGUGGAUAUCAAAGACGAUCCCACAAAUAUCAAGGAUGUUUCGCAAAUCAUCCUGCCAUUACAGGUUGGCAUAGGAAGCCCUGCAAAAUCGUAUUCCUGGAAAGAGCUGGGAUUUACGCCUUGUAGCGCAUCUUGCUUAGGUGGUGUACAAGAACUAAUCGUGCAUUGUGUGCGCGAUGACAACCAGAAAGUUACAUCUCCGUAUAUGUGUCCUAUCGAACUCAAACCAGAAGCAAUAGUAAGAGCGUGCAACGAACACUCUUGUCCACCUCGAUGGUCGCAUGGGGAAUUUACCGAAUGCAGCCACAGCUGUGGAUUGGGCAUCCAAACAAGAGAAGUGACUUGCAUUCAUGAAUUAACUCAGGGUGGUAGCAACACAGUGGUGGUGCCAAAUUCUCGAUGUCCACCCCCAUCUCCACCUGAUAGGCAAUAUUGUAACGUCUUGGAUUGUCCCAUCAGAUGGAGGGUUUAUCAAUGGUCGAAAUGUUCGAAAUCCUGUGGCGGAGGAGAAAAAACGCGACAAGUCGAAUGCAAGCAAAUAAUGGCCCAAAAUCACACUGUAGACCGGCCUGCAACAAUGUGUCCAUCUCCGAAACCUUUGGACAAAAAACCGUGCAAUACGAAGAGUUGUGUUAUCGAAAGCGACAAACCGCAGAUCAGCAUUGCUAACAGCACCUUCAUCCAGCACGACCCGAAAAAAAAUAGAGUCACCGUUAAAGUCGGAGGAGCAGCCACUCUUUUCACUGGCACCACCGUUAAAGUUAAGUGUCCGGUGAAGAGAUUCGACCGAUCCAAAAUUCAAUGGCAAAAGGACAAUGCAUUUCUUCCGCAGAAUAAGAAGUUUAAGAGCUCGAAGAAAGGAGCUUUAAGAGUUCAGAAUUUGUCGAUGCGUGAUACUGGAUUGUACACGUGCGUUGCUGGAAAAUCAUCAGCAAGUAUAAUGAUUUCGGUUAGGUCAAAGCCAGGCGAAUUUCCCACAUCCGAGGAGAUACAGCGACAGUCCAAAAUGGACAUUGUUGCGGGAAUAAAACCUCCUAAAGCUGAAGGCAUCGGCAAUUUCUACCCUGAUGAUCAAUCGCAUGAACAAAGGCCGGACGGAACGAAAAACCAUUAUAAAUUCUUUACGCCUACUUCAUCUUCGUCGAGUUUGACCCUAGAUGGAUACAUAUUGGAUUCUCAAACAACAGAGGAUUCUGGAAACAAGCGCCAGGAUAAAAUAUCAAAUCUACCUUCGAGCUCUUCAGAGUUGCUGAAUACCUCGAAUUAUGGAGAUUCCAGGAGUUCUGCAAGUCGUGUUAUGCCGAACUUUCUGUCGUUAAUCUCCAAAAUACAGGAACUGUGGCCUUUCCAGAGUUUAAAGUUCGAUUCACAAGCCUCCAGAGGCCACAGAAUGGUCACAUUUCCUAUCAGCUCCGAACAAAUCCCGGCCACCGAGCAACCAAUAUCUACCACGAUAUCGGAUGAAAUUAACGAAGUAGUUCUGGGUCGAGGUACCAAAGAAAACCUUGUUUUCGAAUGGAAGCUCAGCGAGUGGACUGAUUGCUCCGAAACGUGCGGAGGAAGUGGAAUUCAAGUUAGAACAGCAAGAUGUACGAUAAAAUUGCAUGAUAAAAUUCAAAGCGCUGAUAAUAAUUUGUGUGAAGAUGCUGGAAUUAAAAUACCCAGUACGAUGCGCAAAUGUGGCUUCGACGAAUGUCCUCAAUGGAGCGCAUCUGACUGGAUUUCUUGUGAGAGAGCCAAAUGUUUCGCAUUCCACAAAGCUAUUCAAAGGCGAACAGUUUCGUGCCAAAUAGCGGGAAAUUUAACAGUCGAUUCUGACCAAUGUGUCUUUAAAGAAAAACCUACUCAGAGCCAGGAAUGUUACAACCCAAAGUGUGUUGGAAGGUGGAAAGUAGGAAGCUGGUCGCAGUGUAAUGCCAAAUGCGGAAAGCAAGGUGAAAAAUACCGUACUUUUCAUUGUGUUUGGUAUAGGACAAAAAAAUCGGCAGGUGAUGCUUGUAAAAAUGUUCCCAGGCCUCCAACUCGAAAAUCUUGUAAAGGACCUCCAUGUGAUAAUACCGCAGUUCAACCCUGCAAAGACCAGUCAAUGUUCUGCGCCAACGUUAAAUCACUAAAUAUGUGCAAGAUAGUCAGAUACAAACAACAGUGUUGUCAUACUUGUAGAGAAGAGGACUAAGACUUAGUGCUUAUUAACAAAUUAUUAGGACCUGCUUCCUAAGUAUUGUAUAUGUAGUUUUAAUAAGUGAUCCAGUCAUCCAGCGACAAUAAAGAGAAAACGUCGAUUUCAUCCUUAGUUCGUAUUUACUUGUGAUAUUUUUUAACGUUUGUAUAUUCAAUUUCUUGUUGCAGUCUCCUUUUUCUCUUUGAUGCAAAUGACUGGUCUGCGGUAAUGUUGACUAAUAAAAAAUGGAUCCUACAUGUUUUUAGCAAUAAGAUUUUGAUAUUUGUUAUCUAGUUAUUAAAUACAUUAGGUUGGUGUUG